AUGUAUGAUAUCGCAUUAUUUUAUGACCGUCGGGAGGCCUUCGCUUGUCGUUCAUCCUCACCCAUUCGAGCGGAUCUCUUUCAUCAUCUCUCAGAAUAUAAUAUUCUGAUCUAUCAAUCACAACCUUUUCGUUAUCUAUCUAUCUAUCUAUCUAUCUAUCUAUCUAUCUAUCUAUCUAUCUAUCUAUCUAUCUAUCUAUCUAUUGUCAUAACGUUAAUAGCUAUCUUUUAUCACUCACAUCUAUCUAUCUAUCUAUCUAUCUAUCUAUCUAUCUAUCUAUCUAUCUAUAUUUUGUCUGUCUUUUUAUACCUAUCUAGCCUUUUUUCGUUAUCUAUUCAUCUAUCUAUCUAUCUAUCUAUCUAUCUAUCUAUCUAUCUAUCUAUCUAUCUAUCUAUCACAGUCUAUUCAUAUCUAUCUAUCUAUCUAUCUAUCUAUCUAUCUAUCUAUCUAUCUAUCUAUCGUCAUAAUUCUCUUCAUAUCUAUCUAUCACGGCCCUUUCAUUAUCUAUAUCUAUCUAUCUAUCCUUAG